AUGUACUCAUUUAACGGAGAUUUUGAUGUUUCUUCUGCAACUCGCAGUGCAAAAAAUAUUUCCGUCACGAAUAAAUUAAAUGAUUAUUUUAAAGUUUCCCUGGAAGAACAAAAAAAUAAUCUCAUUAAUAAUGCGGAAAGUAAUACGACGACGAAAAUUGCUUGUUCACCGAUUACUUCUAUCAAUGAGGAAAGUACCAACGUUUCCUCAUGUAAUGAAAAAACUCAUCAACAAGAUGAUAAAGCUCUACAUGAUUCGCAGGAUGACGACGAAGCACGUGCAUUUAAAUCCCAAUUUGAUGAAAUUAAAUGUGCGACAAGAAUGUUUGAAAAUUCUAAAAAUAAUCGAUUUCAAGGAUUUGCUGGGCGGGUACCCACACCUUCACAGAGAAGAGUUGGUGAAACGGGACCAAAUUUGUUUCAUCAAAGAUCGUAUUCUUACUCAACGUACCAACAGCAAACAAACCGACAAAUGUUAAAACCCCAGCGAAGUAUUUCAUCUAUUAAAGGAUUAUCUCUUAACGGGAACGCACCAGCAUAUUCCGGUGGCAAAUUUUAUUCGAAUUCGAAUCAAAGGCCUUCGACUCCAUAUACUUCCUAUGGAUUUGAUUUAUUCGAUAAUGCCGAUGAUAUAUUUCCUCCAUUACGACUCCAAUUGGAUGAUUCAAACUCUGUUAAUGGUAAUGAUGAUGCGUUUAUGAGACAUAAGGAUAUAGAAAACGGCGGGGGUAGAAGUUUUAAUCACAGCAGAUUCGGAAAUAAUGGUUCCGUCGACGAAUGGGAUGAUUCUUAUCCUUCCACACCACUUUCCAAUGGUCAAUUUACCCCACUACCACUUACUCCUUCUUCAACCUAUUCGAACCGAUCUCCAUACCUUGCACAUCAAAAUUCAUUUCUGGAUGAUGAUGAACUUAUUGAAAAGGCUAAGCUCCUUGAAGAUAAACAACGUUUGAUUUUAAUUCAACAGCGUCAAUUAGAUAAUGCACUUGCUGCUUUAAAUGAAACUGAGUCUAGAUACAUGUUAAAUAAUACAACUCCUCCUCCUAUGCUUGCGCGAGGAAAUUCAAACCCGGGUUUACCAAAAAAUUCUUCUUUUGGAAAUAAACUUACUGUGCCCCCUCCACGUUUCCAAACUUCUCAAGAACCUAUUGGACCUCCAACCAAGAAAUCCGGAUAUAAUACUUCUCUACCCAUAACUCCCACAGAAAGCAUUAGCUCUUCUCCUACAUUUUCAUUAUUUUCCAAUCCUCCAGCAUUAUCGCUUAAUCAAAAUUUGAUGAACCAGCAGCAAAAUUAUAAACAAACGACGUUAUCUGAUAACAAUAGCUUUGAUUUCAAUCCAUUCGAUGAAGUUUCUACCCCCUCAAAUUCUCCACAAAAAACAAAAAAUAAUGACGAUGGAUAUUUUAGCUUUUCUCACGCAAGCGCCAAGAACAAUAUUUGGGCUGAAAAUAAAUAUUUCUCUCCUCAUCAAGAAUCAAAGCGUAAUUUUUAUUCAACGAAUUAUAAUCAUUUGCCACCUACUGUUCCGGCAUCUCCAGCUAGUUAUUACCGUCCUUCGCUUUAUUCUUCACCAGUCAGUGAAUGUGAAGAGGAAACUUUAUUCGCUGACGAGUAUUUUAGUUGGAAUAAUAAGAGAAAUUAUGAAAAUAAUUUUAUCCUUCUUCUAUAA